CCAUUCAGCUCCUGGUUAUUGCUGAGCAUUUGGUCAACACAUCAAGGUCAUAACCUAAGCCAUGGACUUUGUGCAGUGUGGCUUACAACAGUCCCCAACACAAUUGUUUGUGCCUGCAGCUGGAGGCGUGGGAAAGAGUGCACUCACCAUUCAACUGAUUCAGAACCAUUUCGUGGACGAGUACGAUCCGACCAUCGAGGACUCGUACAGGAAGCAGGUGGUCAUCGACGGCGAGACGUGCCUGUUGGACAUCCUGGACACAGCAGGUCAAGAGGAGUACAGCGCCAUGCGAGACCAGUACAUGAGGACUGGCGAGGGGUUCCUGCUGGUGUUUGCCGUGAACAACUCCAAGUCCUUCGAGGACAUCAGCAGCUACCGGGAGCAGAUUAAGCGGGUCAAGGACGCCGAUAUCGUGCCCAUGAUCUUGGUGGGCAACAAGUGCGAUCUGGCGACGCGAGCCGUCGACAUGACCGAGGCCAAGGAAGUGGCGAAAAACUACGGCAUUCCCUUCAUCGAGACGUCGGCCAAGACGCGCAUGGGUGUCGACGACGCCUUCUACACUCUAGUCAGGGAAAUCAAACGCGAUAAGGAGCGACGAGGCCGCGAGAAGGGCAAGGUGGGCUACCUCGGCCGGAAGAAGUGGUGCUGCCUGCUGUAGAGGCGGCCGCGUCCGCCGCCGCCGCCGGUCCGUGUCUGUUCCGUGUUCCCCGCGCGUCGCCCAGCCGGUCGCCACGCACCGCACGCACAAUGGCAGCCGGCGGCCAUGGCGGCCAACGCGGCAACCGCGCCCGCGUUAGUGUUCUCUUCGCCAUUUUCAACGCUGCGGCGUUUUCGAUGCGGUCGGCGUGGCGUGUGGUAGCCGGUGUGCGAUAUUGAUGACUGUCUUGGUUAGAAGUUGUAGAGUUGUGUAAGUAAUACCCGACUACCGGCUCAGUCGCUGCCUUUCCUCAUCUUUUGCGGACGGCGUUCUGUAGACAGCUCUGACAACCGACUCUUGUAAACUCACUUCGUCCGCGACGUGUGCACGCUUUUUUGAAUGUUUUCCACCGACUCGGUGCGCGUGUUCUAUGCCCUUUGAAGGGGUGCCUGUUGAUUCCACGCGUGAGUGACCAGUUCUGCAUCAGCCCGCGUGUUUUCUCCGUGUCGCGCCCGGAGCCGUGGUUUUAGUUGCGGACGGCGGGGCUGCCGCCGUGCCCGCAGGUGAUUUUGUACCGGCCGGCGGGCGGCGCCAGUGUCCGCCAUACUCGUAGGCUAUAUGGCGCGGCGGGCGGCCGCUGUUGGCGGCGCGCGCGCGCGCGGCGUCCCGUCCGCGGACGGAGCCACCUCGGCUGCUAACCUUGGGCCGGCCCCCUCGGCAGCAGGCGGCACCGUGCCCACACUAAUACUGGGGGCGGCCUCUCAUCGCUGUACUGUUCUCUCUCGCCGCCGCUGCGACGGCCAAUCGGAUUCUCUAUGUUCUUACUGGUGCUAAAUGUAGUAUCUCAAUUUAUAAAGAUUGCUAAGUGAA